AAAAGAAACAAAAAUUAGAAAAUAAGGUGUUUUUGACGGAAGCAGGGAGAGCUAUAGUAAUGGCGGCGGCGAAAGUGAAACUUUGAUGACAGCUCGUCGCUCUCCUCCACGGAUUGAUAUGGUCAAACUAAGAAAAUGUCGUUUCAUCACUCUUCAAUGCUUUCAACAAACACCAACAACUUUUCUCUUACUUUGUCUUCUCCCAUUCCUUCUGCUUCACUCUCUACCUGGUCAUCAUGGCCUUUGCCUUAUAGCUCUCUCUCUUGUUCUCGUCUCCGGUCUCCGCUGUUUCCUCUCUCGAUAUGUGUUCGUCAAACGUCUCUCGGCUCCUACCUCUGUUUUUCUUCUUCUUCUUCUUCUGUUGCUGGUCUUCUACUUUUGCUCAAGACGAAAUCACCAAUCCCGUCGAAGGGCUUUGCGAGCGAUAAGAGGCAGCUUGAACGAUCCCGUUCGUAGAUUGAGCAAUUGGAGGCGCGGAGAUCCGUGCACUUCGAAUUGGACUGGCGUUCUCUGCUUCAAUUCCUCUCUUGACGAUGGUUAUCUCCAUGUCAAAGAACUGCAAUUGCUCAGUAUGAAUCUCUCAGGGAACUUGUCCCCGGAGCUUGGCCGGUUGACUCGUCUUACUAUCUUGGAUUUCAUGUGGAACAAGAUCACCGGAAGUAUACCAAAGGAAAUUGGGAAUAUCAAGUCUUUGGAGCUCUUGCUCUUGAAUGGAAAUCUUUUAACCGGAAACUUACCUGAGGAGCUUGGGUUUCUACCAAACUUGGACAGAAUACAGAUUGAUGAAAACCGUAUAUCAGGACCACUACCCAAAUCGUUUGCGAAUUUAAACAAAACAAAGCACUUUCACAUGAACAAUAAUUCAAUUAGCGGGCAGAUACCACCCGAGCUUGGAAGCCUACCGUCAAUUGUUCACAUCCUUCUUGACAACAACAAUUUAUCGGGCUAUCUUCCUCCUGAGUUGUCAAACAUGCCAAAUUUGCUUAUCCUACAAUUAGAUAACAAUCACUUUGAUGGGACCACGAUUCCACCUUCUUACGGAAACAUGUCCAAACUUUUGAAGAUGGACUUAAGUCGAAAUCAGUUAAAUGGAUCUAUACCUACAAGGAAGCUUUCUGAUAAUGUCACAACCAUCGAUCUGUCCAAUAACAGUCUAACUGGAACCAUUCCAACAAAUUUCUCAGGCCUUCCACGGCUUCAAAAGUUGUCGGUUGCAAACAAUGCUCUGAGUGGUUCCAUUCCCUCUAGCAUAUACCAGGACAGAGUGUUGAAUUCAACCGAGAGUCUUAUCGUGCUUCAGGGGAAUCCGUUAUGCGCAGAUGGAAAUCUGCUUCGAUUCUGUGGAGCUCUAACUGAGGUAGACAAGAAUCAGGGUCCAACCAAUUCGUCGACAACUUGUUCUGACUGCCCACCCCCUUAUGAAUUUUCUCCAGAACCUCUUAGACGGUGCUUUUGUGCUGCUCCUCUGCUUGUUGGAUAUCGGUUGAAAAGUCCUGGUUUCACGGAUUUUGUUCCUUACAUAUCCGAAUUUGAGCAAUACAUCACCUCUGGGCUUAGUUUGAAUCUCUACCAGCUGCGCAUUGACUCAUUCCGGUGGCAAAAAGGACCUAGACUUCGAAUGUACUUGAAGUUCUUUCCUGUUUUUGGUUCAAAUGCCAACAAUUCCUUCAUAUUCAAUCGUAGCGAGGUUCGGCGAAUAAGGGGCAUGUUCACUGGAUGGAACAUACGAGACGAAGAUCUGUUUGGUCCUUAUGAGCUUAUGAAUUUCACAUUGUUAGAUGUCUACAGAGAUGUGUUUCCUUCAGCUUCACCAUCUGGUGUAAGUAAGGGUGCAAUAGCGGGAAUAGUUCUUGGUUCAGUUGCAGCUGCAGUUACGUUAACCGCUAUCAUUGCACUUAUCAUUAUGAGGAAACGUAUGAAAGGAUACGCUGCGGUUUCUAGGAAAAAGAGAUCUUCCAAAGCUUCUUUGAAAAUCGAAGGGGUAAAGAGCUUCACAUAUGCUGAGCUAGCUCUGGCUACGGACAAUUUUAAUAGUUCCACUCAAAUUGGGCAAGGGGGUUAUGGAAAGGUCUACAAAGGUAUCCUUGGCGAUGGAAUGGCUGUGGCGAUUAAAAGGGCACAAGAGGGAUCAUUGCAGGGUGAGAGGGAGUUCCUAACUGAAAUCGAACUGUUGUCGAGAUUACAUCACAGAAACCUUGUUGCUUUGCUUGGAUUCUGUGAUGAAGAAGGCGAACAGAUGUUGGUUUAUGAGUACAUGGAAAAUGGUACUUUGCGAGACAACAUUUCUGUUAUAUUGAAAGACCCUUUAGACUUUGCGAUGAGAAUGCGGAUUGCUCUAGGCUCAGCUAAGGGAAUCCUGUAUUUACACACAGAAGCUAAUCCGCCAAUAUUCCAUCGCGAUAUCAAAGCCAGCAACAUAUUGUUGGACUCCAGAUUCAUCGCAAAGGUUGCAGAUUUUGGGCUCUCAAGACUCGCCCCAGUGCCUGAUAUGGAAGGCAUCUCACCUCAUCACGUGUCUACUGUUGUAAAAGGGACUCCGGGUUACCUUGACCCGGAAUAUUUCUUGACUCAUCAAUUGACUGACAAAAGCGAUGUAUAUAGUUUAGGCGUAGUGUUCCUGGAGCUCUUGACAGGAAUGCAGCCAAUCACACAUGGCAAGAACAUAGUUCGAGAGGUCAACAUCGCGUACCAGUCUGGUUCGAUACUAUCGGCCGUGGAUAAGAGAAUGAGCCCGGUUCCAGAUGAAUGCAUUGAAAGGUUUGCCACUUUAGCGCUGCGAUGCUGCAGAGAGGAGACUGAUGCGAGGCCUUCAAUGGCGGAAGUUGUAAGAGAGCUGGAAAUCAUAUGGGAACUGAUGCCGGAAUCUCACACAGCCAAAAGAGCGGAUCUGUAUGAGACAACGACUCAGCCAUCAUCGUCAUCGAAUUCUUCAAUCAUGAAGAAUCCAAAUCCUUACACAUCCAUGGAUGUCUCUGGCUCUGACCUCGUCAGUGGAAUUGCUCCCUCCGUUUCACCGAGAUAGCAACAUUCUUAGGGUCAUACACACCAUACACAGUUUGUUUUUGUUGUUUCUACUGUUGCAAAGGAAGAAAUUAGCGUAGUGUAAGCGAUGUAAGCGUAGUAUAUGUUGCAGGCAAGUGUAUAUGAUUGGUUCUUGUGAAAUUUGUUGCGAAUUCUGGUCUGGUUAUGUGAGUUAUGUACUUGUUCUGCUUCUUCUGUUGUUUUGAUUGGGAUCUUUUGCCAACGUUUCAAGAAUGGAUCUAGCUACAUUCUACCUUUAUUAAAUUCAGCAUAAAUGUUUUUACCCUUAGAAUUAAUAUAACACUCUUACCAUUUACUCUCCCAUUUUUUUGUAGAAAUUUCAUUUAACCUGAGAAGUUACACAACCAAGAAUACUAAAAAACACAUUACAAAGAUUUGGCUCAAAUUUGUUUUCCUUAUUGCAUUACAUUUUCCAUAGCUCCCUCCCAAUAUAUGAAUCCUUGGAAACACCUUCUCUUUAACAAAGAUACGGCUUCACUAGGGGAACCAACGAGCUGCUUAGGUGCAUCGACAUUACUUCGUUGGUCGAACCAACGAGCUUGCCACCAAUAAAGACGGCUGGGACCGGCUUUGAGCAGCCUAGCCUCAUUAGUGCCUUCUCGAUCUCCCGGCAUUCAGGGUCCUUAUCAAUCUCGUGGACCUUAGGGUUAACCCCAAGAUCUUGGAAGAGGACUUGAACUGCGUAUGACAAACAACACGAGCUCUUGCUGAAGAUAACCACUCCUUUUUCUGACGACAUCCUCAUAACCCUAUCCAUUUUCUUGGUUUUGACCUAAGAGAUCGGUUUCUUGAAGAAAACGAAGAAGAGGAUGGGACUGAAAGGAGUCUUAGAACAAAGAACUCAUGAGAACCAAACCCGGAGUUUGAGCUUGGUGUUG